AUGCCCUGCUACAAAGGGAAAUGUAUCUGCGGUAAUCUUCAAUACACCGUUUCGCUAUCCUCUCCUGAUGAAGCCCGGACUUCCCUUUGCCACUGCCACAGUUGCCGGAGAGCAUUCGGCACGAACUUCGGACUAACCACCAAGGUGCCUGUAGAGGGAUUUGAGUACAGCCAUGGGAAGCCAAAGAUCUUCAAGCAAGAUAACGGUGUAACACGAGAGUUUUGUGAGAAUUGCGGCGUGUUCGUCUGCGAGUACGGCGAACAAGCGGCGAACAAGUUCCGUUACAUCAUGUGGGGGACAUUUGAUGGCCCAGAACAAUUCCCUCCUAAAGGAGAAUUCUUUUGCAAAUAUCGCACAGAGUGGAUGCCAGAGAUACCAGGCGUGUUUCGCAAGAACGAGAUUAAGGAAUGA